CAGCUGGGCAUCAAGGUGGAAGACAUCAGGGGAGGGGCCACGUGUCCAACAUUCAGGCCCUUCGAGUGCGGAUAAGAUCUUUACGCAAUAGCUAUCGGAAGAUUUCUUUUAUGUAACUGUCUCAUGACAACCCACCGCAAACCGUUCAUCCUGGAGAGACGGUGACAGACGGGCUCUCCUGCAAGCCUCUAAAUAUAAGAGGAGAGAGAGAGGAGCGGGAGCCCCAGUUACUGCCGUGCCUCGACUCCUCCAGACUGGAUGUAGCGGAACAAGGUGGACUUGGACUUUAUUUUACGCACGGAGUUUGCAGGAAAUACCGCAUCUCAUUAAUUUCGUCUUGGGUUCUAACUAUAAAAUAAGCUGCUUCCGUUUCAGUUUUAGCGAUUCGGCUUUUGUUUUGCCGGUGGAUAAAGUUCCGCGUUUGAAAAAAAAAAAAAAACUAAAAAAAUAAAAAAUUGAAUUCACCAGGAAAUAUGAUACUCAGGAGAAGUCUCCUCUUCUUAUUGUUCAUAUCCACAUUCCAUCAAGUAACACCCCAAGAUGGAGAGCAGGAAGAUGAAACAUCAUUUGACCUGUUUGAAAUCAGCCACAUUACACGCAAGACUCUGGGGGCCAAACAGUUCCGGGGCCAAUACUCCGAUCUACCUGCCUACCGCUUCAUCCGCUUUGACCACCUGCCCCCAGUCAGUGACCCCAUACUGAAACAAAUACUACAGCAGAUCCAGAACAACGAGGGCUUUGUGUUCAUCGCCAGCAUCCGGCAGGAUCGCUCCUCGAGGGGCACCCUGAUCGGCCUGGAGGGCCCCGACGGCCGGCGGCAGUUUGAGAUCGUCUCCAACGGACGGGCCAACACCCUGGACCUGGUAUACUGGGUGGACGGUUCGCAGAACGUGGUCUCAUUCGAGGAUGUGGACCUGGCCGACUCGCAGUGGAAGAACAUCACACUUCACAUUCAUGGGGAAAAUGCAAACCUGUUUGUGGGCUGCAGCUUGAUUGACAGCUUCAUCCUGGAUGAGCCCUUCUAUGAACGCCUUCAGGCCGAUGGGAGCCGAAUGUAUGUGGCAAAGGGAUCAAUUCGUGAGAACCACUUCAGGGGCCUCAUUCAAAAUGUGCGCUUCAUCUUUGAUACAUCAGUGGAAGACGUCCUCCGUAGUAGAGAUUGUGAAGUCACAAGACUAGACGAUGACAACGGCUUGAGAGAGAGUGCAGAGAUUGUGGAUGUAAGCCCCUCCAUCACCACAAACAUCAUAGGUCCAAAGACAGACGACCUGGGUGCAGAUAUGUGUGAACGAUCCUGUGAGGAACUUAGCACCAUGUUCCAAGAGCUGAAAGGUCUGCGUGUGGUUGUCAGUAAUCUCAUUGACGGUUUGCAGAAAGUGACAGAGGAGAAUACAGUCAUGAAGGAGGCCCUUGGGAGAAUGAAGGACACUAAAGAGAAAAACAUGUGCUGGCAGGAUGGCCGCUUGUUUGAGGACAAGGAAGAUUGGGUAGUGGACAGCUGCACUAAAUGUAAAUGCCAGGAGUCCAAGAUAGUGUGCCACCAAAUUACAUGCCCUCCAGUGGCCUGUGCCAGCCCUUCUUUAAUAGAUGGAGAAUGCUGCCCCGUCUGCAUGCCUAAAGACAGUGAAGACGGCUGGUCACCCUGGUCGGAGUGGACAGAAUGCACGGUCACUUGUGGGAUAGGAACUCAACAGAGGGGUCGCUCAUGUGAUGCCACCAGUAACCCCUGCACCGGACCAUCUAUCCAGACUCGAAAGUGCAGCUUGGGAAAAUGUGACAGCCGCGUUCGCCAGGAUGGGGGUUGGAGUUUGUGGUCGCCUUGGUCGUCUUGCUCGGUGACCUGUGGAGAAGGGCAGAUCACCAGAAUACGGCACUGCAACGCUCCUGUACCACAGCUGGGUGGGAAAGACUGCGAAGGGAGCGGGAGAGAGACUCAGAGCUGCACUGCCAAACCUUGUCCGAUUGAUGGGGGCUGGGGACCGUGGUCUCCUUGGGCAACUUGUUCUGCAACAUGUGGAGGAGGAAUCAAAAGUCGUUCCCGUGAGUGCAACAGUCCUCAUCCUCAGUAUGGCGGCAAGAAGUGCAUUGGAGAGGCUACCGACAGCGACAGCUGCAACAAGGAAGACUGCCCUGUCGAUGGAUGCCUGUCCAACCCUUGCUUUGGAGGGGUUGACUGCAGCAGCUCAGCAGACGGCUCCUGGGAAUGCGGCCCCUGUCCUGCUGGUUUUCGUGGAAAUGGUACUCAUUGCGAAGACAUUAAUGAGUGUGACAUGGUGUCUGAUGUUUGUUACAAAGUGGGUGGAACACAGCGCUGCAUCAACACUGACCCGGGUUUCCACUGUCUGCCCUGCCCAAAGCGCUACAAAGGCACACAGCCCUUUGGAAUGGGUGUUGAGGCAGCCAGGAAAAACAAACAAGUAUGUGAGCCAGAAAACCCAUGUAAAGAAAAGACCCACAACUGUCACAAAUAUGCUGAAUGUAUAUACAUCAGCCACUUCAGUGACCCGAUGUACAAAUGUGAGUGUCGCACUGGCUACGCUGGAGAUGGCUUUCUAUGUGGAGAGGACUCAGACCUAGAUGGAUGGCCCAAUCAAAACCUGGUCUGCAGUGCCAAUAGUACAUAUCACUGCAAAAAGGAUAACUGCCCUAACCUACCAAACUCUGGACAAGAAGACUUUGACAAGGAUGGACAAGGAGACGCUUGCGACAAGGAUGAUGACAAUGAUGGAAUUAUGGACGAACGAGACAACUGUCCCCUCCUUUACAAUCCCCGCCAAUUUGACUUUGACAAGGACGAAGUAGGUGACCGCUGUGACAACUGUCCCUAUGAACACAACCCUGCACAAAUAGACACUGACCAUAACGGUGAAGGCGAUGCCUGUGCUGUGGACAUUGAUGGAGAUGAAAUUCAGAAUGAAAAUGAUAACUGCCCCUAUGUGUACAACACUGACCAGAAGGAUACAGACAUGGAUGGGGUUGGUGACCAAUGUGACAAUUGCCCAUUGCUUCAUAAUCCUGACCAGAAUGAUGUGGAUAAUGACCUGGUUGGAGACCAGUGUGAUAAUAAUCAGGACAUUGAUGAAGAUGGCCACCAGAACAAUUUGGACAACUGUCCUUAUGUGGCCAAUGCCAACCAGGCAGACCAUGACAAGGAUGGAAAAGGAGACGCCUGUGACUAUGAUGAUGACAAUGAUGGCAUAGCUGAUGACAAGGACAACUGCAGACUGACACCUAACCCAGACCAAGAGGAUGCUGAUGGUGAUGGAAGAGGGGACGCGUGCAAAGACGACUUUGACAAUGACAGCAUCCCGGAUAUCCUCGACGUGUGUCCAGAGAACAAUGCCAUUAGCAUUACAGACUUCAGGAAGUUCCAGAUGGUCCACUUGGAUCCAAAGGGAACAACUCAAAUCGAUCCCAACUGGGUGGUCAGGCAUCAGGGCAAAGAACUGGUUCAGACUGCAAACUCUGAUCCAGGCAUCGCAGUUGGUUUUGAUGAGUUCAAUGCUGUGGACUUCAGUGGAACCAUGUAUGUGAACACAGACAGAGAUGAUGACUAUGCUGGCUUUGUCUUCGGCUAUCAGUCAAGCGGGCGCUUUUACGUAGUGAUGUGGAAGCAGAUCACACAGACAUACUGGGAGGACAAGCCAUCCAAAGCCUUUGGCAUCUCCGGCGUUUCACUUAAAGUUGUCAACUCAACCACAGGAACUGGGGAAAACCUCAGGAACGCUCUGUGGCAUACGGGGAACACUGCCGGACAGGUGCGCACUCUGUGGCAUGACCCCAAAAACAUUGGUUGGAAGGAUUACACAGCUUACCGGUGGCAUCUCAUCCAUAGACCCAAGACUGGCUUUAUAAGGGUUGUGGUAUAUGAAGGGAAACAGAUCAUGGCUGACUCAGGACCAGUUUAUGAUAAAACAUUUGCCGGAGGCAGGUUAGGCCUCUUUGUCUUCUCCCAAGAGUUGGUUUUCUUCUCCGACCUCAAAUAUGAGUGCAGAGAUAAACCGGAGUUUCCAACAGUGUUCAUCAGAUAAUUGAGUUGCAUGAUAUACAGAAGAUGGACGAAGGCAAGAAGCUUUCCAAUUGAACCCUGUCAUCAGUGAAUCCAUCUGGACAUAAAUAAGACUUUGCAUACAGCCAUCCUUUGCCUUAAUACAUUGACAGGAAAUGACAUCAUGGCAGAUUUCAGUUUCCCUUAAAAGUCCUAUGUUACGUUUCCCUUCAUGGGAAGAAACUGAACAUAGUAAACAUGCUUAAAAAGCCUCUGCAAAAUAUCAAAAAAAAAAGUACCUAUUCUACAUUUUUAUCUUUAUUGUGUGACCACUUGAUGGAGAAUCACUUACAAGGGAAUCAAUUAUUUGUGAUUCCCUGCAUUUACCUUCUCGCUUUGACAUGUAAGUGAUUUCUAUUGACAGAUAUUCUUUUGUUUUUACUCAGCUGUUGGUCAGUAAUCUGUCAGAGCUCUGUCUGAAAAAACAUAAACCAACCAGCUAAUUAAAACCAAUAAUCAACACUAUUUCUCCUCAUUCUUCUUAUGAUGAAUGUAAUUUAAAAUGGGAAACUACAGUGAUUGAUUUCAACAAUGCGAAAGAUGUUUAUACUAAGUCUGUACUAUAAUUUCUUUUGUAAAUUAUUUAGGCUCAGCCUGUUUUUUUCUUUUUGCCUUUGUGCUAGUUUGUAAAUAGUUUUAUUUAUUUGUUUACACUGAUAUAUAGUUCAAUAUCACAAACAAGAUGGCAUACCAUAAAUAUCUGAAGAUUUUUAAGUGUCUGUCAGUUCUGUCGGAGAUAUUGUUUUUGAAAGUUGCUUAGAAAUGAUCAUUUUCAUACCUUGGUGACAAGGUAUAUUAAUUGUGAUUGUUCAGUUUAAGACAUCAAAGUGAUAUGUAUGUUUAUCUCUGUCUAUAUGAGUUUAAUUAUCAAAACUGGCUGCUACAGUUUUUUUUCUAAAGUUCCUGUUCCCCGGUAAGUCUGGUGUUGCCUAACAAAUCACUUAUAUGCACCUGACAAUCUGAGGGCCAUUGCAUUUUGUGCUUAAGUCUUAAAAAUGAAAGAUUGUAGAGACAUUUUGUUGCAAGCAGUUUUACACUCCUAUGUUGUUUUUUAGCAUCAUCAUUGGAUAUGUGGACCUUUACAGUGUUGACUGAAAUGAUUCCAGUGUGGCUUGGGAUCAUGAUAGUGUCUCAGUUGAUUGGCAUUAUUCUGUAUAUUGCUUAUGUUCUUCCCUGCUUGCUUUCCGUCUUCUUCCUUUACUUGAGAUUUGCAAUGCGCAAAGUGUAAAUGUUUUUUUUUAUUAUUAUUAUUAUUUCUGUGUUGUUACAUGGACAUUUUUACAAAUUUGGAUUGUUCUGUUUACAAAUAAACCAUUUUAUACCAUU